AUGGCCCGUACUAAGCAGACUGCUCGCAAGUCGACCGGCGGCAAGGCCCCGAGGAAGCAGCUGGCCACCAAGGCGGCCCGCAAGAGCGCGCCGGCCACGGGCGGGGUGAAGAAGCCGCACCGCUACCGGCCCGGCACCGUGGCCCUGCGGGAGAUCCGGCGCUACCAGAAGUCCACGGAGCUGCUGAUCCGCAAGCUGCCCUUCCAGCGGCUGGUACGCGAGAUCGCGCAGGACUUUAAGACGGACCUGCGCUUCCAGAGCUCGGCCGUGAUGGCGCUGCAGGAGGCCAGCGAGGCCUACCUGGUGGGGCUGUUCGAAGACACAAACCUGUGCGCCAUCCACGCCAAGCGCGUGACCAUUAUGCCCAAGGACAUCCAGCUGGCCCGCCGCAUCCGUGGAGAGCGGGCUUAAGAAGUGCGUGCGGUUCGGCCGGAGGUUCCAUCGUAUCCAAAAGGCUCUUUUCAGAGCCACCCACAUCAGCACUUGGAAGAAGCUGUACCGCUUGCCCUCCGUGCUCCUCCGGCAUUAGAGCGGGGAAGGCACUUCCGCUUAGGCUCCCAACAAAACGGGGUCGGGUCCCCCUGCUGCGGUGCCGUCUUGAGCUUUGCCGACUUCGGCCAAUUGGCCUAUCCGCACUGGCCGGGCUGCGGCCGCUUUCCUGGGCGCCGGCUUGCGGGCUUUGGCGGUCCGGCUCCCCCUGCGCGUGACCGGGGCCCUGCGUGGCGGGGGGGCCGGGGCAGGAGAGACGGGGCGUCGGGCACGAGGCCAGGGGUCACUAGGGGGACGCUCAGGGCUCGCGGUCCUGAGCGCGGCUGGCCUUUGCGGAAGUGGAGCGCCACACGCCCGUGCUUCGCGCCCAAACCGGCCUCACCCGGCGCGGCCAUCCGGCUAGGGAGGGAAAUGACCACCUCGGCCUCGCCGGGGUUCUGCGGGCAAACGGGGGGAGAACUGCGCUGGGGCUGCCGUUCAGUCCCCGCGCCACCUCCACUAGCACAGUGGUAACCCCCAUAUCCUGCCCCUAAGCCAAAAUUCCCGGGGGCGCGGGGUGUGGGCGGAAUUUUGUGAAUUUGGGCUUAAUCGAGCCGUUCCCUGUCCAUGUCCACAGAAGGACAUUCACUAUUCCAGUGAAGGCACUCGGUCCUCUUAGAAGCUGCAUGGUAUGUCUGGAUUUUCUGUCCAGACUCAGUAGUUCCUUUACAUUGUUUUCGUCGGACAUGUGGGCAGACGCUGGUGCCCGAGUUCAGAUCCUUGGGAAGACAGUAGAUCAGACAGGAAGAACGUGGGCCUCCGUUGGGCAAAUGAAGCUCUUCGCCUUAGGAAAUCGUGACAGGACGCCACAGAGGUGAUCUCUACAGUCUCUGGGAGCUGGGAAGUCCAAGGCCUCUUAGUGGGAAAGUGAGGCAGGGUCUUGCAGAGCCCACUACACACGGCCAGAUACAAAUGGCUGUAGAGGUCUUAGAUAACACCUUCUCGGUCAUUUAUUUGCACCUCAGAAGAAGCCAGGGCUUCGGGUUUCUGUUUGUUUCAUCACAGUUGACAGGUUAAAAGCAUUCACUGCAGCGAUCUAUGAGAAUUAAGAGGGGAGAAGGGGAAAUGGAAUAAAACUUCGUUUUGUAAAGCUGCCAUUUUGCCUUUCCUGAGGCGUGUUAAGCGAGGAGAGCAGCGUAGGUGAGCUCUGCUGGGGACUGCCACAUGUUUCUGCUCCAGGGUCACAGCAAUUUCUAGAGCAUGCCUCUGGGUCUCUGCCGAGACCCUCGUAACCUGCUUAGGCCCACAAUGUAUGGGCGGUAUUCUGACUUCAAAAAGUAGUGACUUUCAGAGGUGGGUGGGUCACUAUCUCUGCACCCAGCUUCUCAGGCCCAGUAGUGACUGAGCAGAGACUGGAACCUGGGGAUGUUGGUGUCAGACAUCUAGGUCCUCUGACUGCCCCCACAAGGUCACACUCCUUUUACUCACCAGUCUGGGUACCUCUAAACUCCAGGAGGUCUCCCUGGCUGAAUCUCAAAGGAAAAUUUCGUGGCAUUUUUUAUAUCCAGUCAGGAAUAGAAUUCAUUACAUCUUGUGGUCCUGGCACUGUGAAGGCCUGCACUCACAGGAAUCUGUCAGUCUUCGUAUUUGUUUGCGAGACCAGCAUAAGCUGAAUUCAUCAAUACAAGAUAACAUUCUAAAAUGUUAAGUUUUAACAUUUAAUCAUUCCCUGUACUUAAAUCAUUGUCUACCCUCAGGUGAGAGUUAAAGGAUAAUUAAAGAUAGGGUAAAGAAA